AUGGGGCAAGCUGCUAAGGACGAGAAGUAUUCUGCUACUCGUUUACUUUCUCCGAUUGAUGCUUCCUACCAACCAGCGAGAGCUAUCACCAAAAUUCCUGCUACUUCUUCUCUAGAGGAGAUUCUUGAGAACCUCGAGCGAGAUGGAGGUGUUAUUCUGACUGAUUUUGUUUCAUUGGAAACGUUGGACCAGAUUGAUAAGGAGCUUGAACCUCAUACAAAGCCCAUUGUCGAUAAUGAUUCAUAUGAUAACUUCAUUGGAAAGAAGACCCUCGUUAUUCCUGGCUUGAUCUCGAAGUCAGAUACCCUCGCCAACAUCCUUGACUCGAAUGAGACUAUAGAGAAGCUCCUCAAAGUAAUUUUGGAGGAGAGAUAUCCGGCAGUUUUUGAGGGACACACUGAAGAGCUUGUCGUUGACCCAUUACUGAGUAUUUCCAUGGGUUUCCACGUUGGUCAUGGCUCUCCCCGCCAGGCACUACACAGGGACGACAUGAUUUUUUCCAGUAAACACCGUCCCGACAUGAAGAUUAAUGAAGUAGACGGUUUCAGUUGCUUUUUGGCAGGAACCAGGAUCACCCGUGAAAAUGGCGGUACGAUGGUCAUUCUAGGUUCUCACAAGUGGGAGCACGACAGGCGUGGCAAGCCUGAAGAAGUUUCAUUCCUUGAGAUGGAGAGAGGCUCGGCUUUCAUUUUCCUCAGUACCAUGGCUCAUGGUGCUGGAUACAAUACUAUUCCAGGCGAGGUUCGUAAGAUUAUGAAUCUCGUCUUUUGCCGAGGAACUCUACGUCAGGAGGAGAACCAAUUCUUGUGUAAUCCUCGAAGCAAAGUCCUAAAGAUGAGUCCAAAGCUACAAACUCUGCUUGGAUUCAAGAAGCCAGCAGGCACUUGGUUAGGAAUGGUUGAAAAUGAUGACCCUGCGAAAGAUCUUGCUGCUAUUUAUGAGAAGAUGUUCAAAUAG